UCAACACUUCUGAAGACAGCUGCCUAGUACCAUUGCAUCAUUUCUUUCCUAUCCUCGCGACCUGUCUUCGAUUAUAUCCAACGUACGCCACUAUUUCGACUGUUUGUCCUGCGAGGAUCUUCUUUCCGUCAAAUACACCUGAGCAUGUCUCGCAGGGUUUCUGCCAUGCCGUCAAAUACUUCCACGACUAGCGGUGUCCCACCUGCGGGUGACGGUGGUCAAGAAAAGCAAAAGAUGCUUCUCUCUUCCGAAACAGGUCAUUUUAGCAUGAUCAGGGCUCUGCAUCUUGCUGAUCUGGUAACUGAACUCAAUGGAUUCUGCGGAGUGAUGUCCGUCUUUUCUUCGAUGCGUUACUGUCUUGGUGACCCUCGUGAUUUUGGUGCAAUUUGGGCGGCUCUGAUCUUCAUGCCCUUCGGGCUGUUUUUCGAUUUCAUGGAUGGACGGAUUGCUAGGUGGAGGAAAAAGUCGUCGCUCAUGGGACAAGAGCUUGAUUCACUGGCCGAUUUGAUUUCCUUCGGAAUGGCACCCGCUGCCGCAGCUUUUGCGCUCGGAAUGCGCACCAGCCUCGACCAUUUGCUCCUCUCCUUCUUUGUUCUGUGCGGCCUGACACGCUUGGCACGGUUCAACGUGACUGUUGCUGUUCUGCCGAAAGACAAGUCUGGAAAGUCGAAGUACUUUGAGGGCACGCCCAUCCCAACGACCUUGUCAAUCACCUUUUUCCUGGCCUACUGCGUCUCUCAAGACUGGGUGCUGGAUGAUCUACCCCUCGGCCUUGUAGCCCAGGGCACAGCGUUCGAGUUCCACCCGCUGGUACUGUUGUUUGUCUUGCAUGGAUGUCUCAUGGUCAGCAAAACGCUGCAUAUCCCUAAGCCUUAAGUGCAUGGAAAGCCGAAUGGACAAUUAGGCACUUGUCCGGAUCAGGAUUCCCAUAUGUGAUAGAGAUGUUUUUUACCAGCAAUAUACACCAAGGGAGACCAGAAAACAGGGAAAGCAAAAAUAGUAUGGUGCGAUGUAUCUGUGGAAGAUAACGCAGUUGUCACAGAAAUGAAAAUAAUUUGCAUAUGUUGCAUAUGUUGCAUAGUGUCUCGCACUUCAUCUUCAGCAAGUAUCGGGAUUGGUAUUGUUUACAGGAGGAGAUUAACUUUCAGUUUAUUGCAAUGAUGAUAUCA